AUACUCUAGAAAUUGAUCAUUUGAUGUUUGUAUGGAGGAUAUAUUAUCAUGAUUAUCAUGCAAACAUUUGAAACGUAUUGAUCAAAUCACCUUUUAGGUAGGGAUAUUAAUGUUGUUUGUUUUAAUAUACGGACACUACGAGCUAACAAUGAAAGCAUGACCUCAUUUGGAUGGAAGAGAAAACUUGGAGGUAAGGUGUCAAAGACAUUGUCAAAGAACUUCGAAAACAACAGCAAGGAUAACCAUGACAACCUGGAGGAGGUUGAUUGGCUGACCUUGGCUCCAAAGAGGAAAUUGAUUUGUUUGGAGGAUGGUCGGGCCAAGAGUGAGCGACUGAAGCAGGAGGGGGGUGUGCUGGCAGAGUCUGAGAGGUAUUGGGAAGCCAUAUCUAAGUGGGAAGAAGCUCUAGCCCUGACCCCAGAGGAUGAAACCCUGCACGAAAUGAGAGCCCAGAGUUACCUGCUCCUGAAUGAGGUGUACCCUGCAGUUCAAGCAGCAGCUAAGUGUACAGAGGUCAACCCACUGUGGUGGGUAGGUCACCAGACCCUGGGCCGAGCUCAGCUGGGACUGGGCGAUGUUGCUAUGGCUGUGAAAAGCUUCUCUCGUGCUGUUCAUCUUUACCCUGUGGACGAGGAGCUAUGGAAAGAGGAUCUACUGUGGGCCAAAUCCCUUCUGGACCAGCAUCACACGAUGCUGGGGGAACAGGAGGCCGAGAGGUCCUGCUGUACAUUGACCGAGGUCACUGAUACCCCUGCCAGACUUACUGCAAUAUGUGCCUCCCCCCACAACCCAGAUGGAGGGAGUGAUUCACAGGAUUCUGCAGACAAUUGUGAUCCAUCAAACACAAUGAAUGAAAACAGUGUUCAUGUGAAAGGGACUGGAAAAUGUGAAGAAAUAGAUGACACCAGUGACGGGGGUGGUCCUAAAAAAAACCCAGGUGUUACAUGUACAAACACCCACACAGACAGCUUCCGGGGCUCAGAGGAUGCGAGAGAGACCAAGAGAAUCCCCAUAAAUUAUAUCAGAAUGAGGCAGUGGGCUUCUGACAGGGUACAAAAAUAAAUUGUUACUCUUUUUAA